GAGAGAGAGAGAGAGAGAGAGAGAGAGAGAGAGAGAAUGGAGGAUGAGAGGACGAUUAGCAUCUCUGAAUCAAUGGCCAUGAACGGAGGGAACGGACCUCAUAGUUAUGCCCAGAACUCCUCCUAUCAGAAAGGAGUCGCUGCAGCAGCCAUGAGAAUGAUGAAGGAAGCUUUACCCACAACCCUUGAUCUCAAUCACCUCUCUUCAUCCUCUCCAAACCCCAUCAUCAGAAUAGCAGACUUUGGUUGCUCCACAGGACUCACAUCCAUUCAAGCCAUUGAAACCAUAAUACAGUGCCUCUUAGACCUCAUCAAACCCAUCAAACAACCUCAAUUUCGUACCAUCGAGUUCCAAGCCAUCUUCAACGACCUCCCCACCAAUGACUUCAACAUGCUUUUCGCCAACCUCCAGCCCGAGAGGCAGCGGUACUACACCACGGCGGCCCCGGGGUCGUUCCAUGGCCGCCUCCUCCCGACCGCAUCCCUACACUUUGCGUACUCAUCCUGCGCGCUCCACUGGCUGUCCUGCAUUCCGCAAGAGAUAUUGGACAAGUCUUCCCGUGCUUGGAAUGGAGAGAGAAUUUACCAUGUGAGCUCGCCCGCCGAGGUCAUCGGGGCUUACUCCGCUCAGUUCGGGAGAGACCUGGAAGCGUUUCUCAGUGCGAGAGCGGAGGAGAUGGUCAGUGGAGGAUUGAUAUUUAUGGUCGUGCCUGGUGAGCCGGAUUUGGUUCAUGAUUCUCAGACCACCAUAGGGUCAGAGUUCGAGCUGCUAGGUUCUUGCCUUGUGGACAUGGCCAAUACGGGGAUCAUAAGCAAGGCCAAAGUAGAGAGCUUCAACUUGCCAAUGUAUUUCCCAUCAGAAAAGGAGCUGAAACAAGUGAUCAGUCGAAACAGAUUCUUCCACAUCGAGAGGAUUCAGACCCUGAGCCACCCCAAAAUGCAAGUCGCUUUUUCCACCCCUGAAUUGCGCUCCCUAGGCUUAAGAGCCGCAUUUGAGGGAUUAUUGCUCCAUCAUUUUGGCGAUGAACUGAUCAUUGACGACUUGUUCCACUGGUACUCACUGAAAGUGGCGAAAUCUCCCUUUUUCCUGAAGCCAGAAAGCCAUGAAUCCAUCACAUUCUUUGUGGUCCUCAAGCGUAAAAAGUCUGAAGAGGAUAUGUAGUGAUUCCACUGGUACAUACUGUUCGUUGUUUCAUGGUGUGAAAAAUGCCUAGGAUAAAUUUUCUGGAAGAGGGAAUUGACUAGGAGCAGAAAUCUGAGUUCAAGUCAACGAGGCCGUUAACUGGAUGUCCCCAACUCAAACAAGUUUGUGCUGAAUCCUUCAUGUAGUGUGCUUCUUUUUCAUAUCGGAGUGAAUAUAACUAAUCACAGUACUGUA